UAUGGGUUGUGGAGUAUCUAGUGCUCAUUAAUUUAUGAGAUAUUCAUAAGAGAAAGUGACAGAGAAUCAACCAGAUUCUUUAGAGAAUAAUAAAGGAUAAUCUACAGUUAGGAGAAAUGUAAAAUAUGCAAAUCAGUUGCUUAUGAUUCCACAACAAGGAAUUACAACAUUGUAGGAGAUGCUUCAAAAUAGUGUUGCAAAAUAUGGAAAUGAACCAUGUUUAGGCAAAUAUGAAGGAGAUAAUUUCAAGUUUAUGUCAUACAAUUAAGUAAAUGAAGAAGCAAUUCAUUUAGGAAUUGGGUAAUAUAUUAAAUGAACUUUAGAAUUUCUAACUUGAAUUUAGUGAAGGAGGUCCAAGAAUAUAAACAUUACAAAUUAAAAUUGAUAGGAGUUUUUGCAAAAAAUAGAAGAGAGUGGAUGAUCUUAGAUUGGGCUAAUAUCCUUUAUGGUUAUACAAUGGUGCCUUUUUAUGAUACUCUUGGUCCUGAGUCAAUUCCCUUUAUACUUGAUUAGACCAACAUUGAAACCAUGUUUAUUAGUGCAGAAGCAACUAAAUCAUUGAUCUAAUGCAAAGAAAAGCAUAAAUUGAAAAAUUUAGUUUUACUUGAUCCUCUCUCUGAAUAAUAAAUUUCUGAUUUAAAAAAUAAAGGAUAUCAAUUGUUUAAAUUCGAAGAAGUUGUAGAAAAUGGAAAGAAAUCGAUAGUUUAACUUGCUUAAGUUUAACCAUCAUCUAUCUAUACAUUAUGUUAUACAUCUGGCACUACAGGAAAUCCUAAAGGAGCAAUACUUUCUCAUGGUAAUUUCAUAUCUGCAAUUGCGAGUACUUAAGCAACUGAUGCUGGUAUUGCUUCAACUGAUGUUCAUUUAUCAUAUUUGCCCUUACCUCAUGUAAUGGAGAGAUUAAUUAUACUUACUAUGCUCUUCACUGGUGCUUCUAUAGGGUAUUAUCAUAAAUAACAUUUAGAUUCUAUCGAGGAGAUCCUAAUUUAUUAAAGGAAGACAUUUAAAAACUUAGACCAACUAUCUUUGCUUCUGUUCCUAGAUUAUAUAAUAAGUUCUAUGAUGGAAUCAAAGCUAAGAUAAAUGAAGUUACAGGCUUUAAAAAAUCAUUUGCAGAAAGAGCUGUCAGAGUGAAAUUAGAAAAUCUAAGAUCAGAAGCUAAAUAUACAAGUGGUUUAUAUGAUAAAGCCUUUCAAGGAGUCAGAGAUUUAUUUGGAGGCAGAUGUAGACUAAUGAUAACAGGCUCAGCUCCUAUUCAAUAGGAAGUUAUUGAUUUCCUCAAAAUAGCUGCUUGUUGUCCAAUCUUAGAAGGAUAUGGUUAAACAGAAUCAACAGCAUUAUCCUUUUCUACAGGUGCAUGGGAUCCAAAAUCUGCUCAUCUUGGUGGACCUGCUGCAAAUACAGAAUUUAAAUUAGUGGAUGUUCCUGAUAUGAAUUAUACAUCAUUAGAUGUUGUUAAUGGUAUAAAAACACCAAGAGGGGAAAUUUGUUUAAAGGGAUAUGGGGUUUUCUAAGGAUAUUAUAAAGACCCUGAAAAAACAGCUGAAGCUAUAGAUGCUGCUGGAUGGUUGCAUACCGGAGAUAUUGGUUUAAUUACUGAAAAUGGAGGAGUGAAAAUUAUUGAUCGAAAGAAGAACAUAUUUAAGUUAUAAUAAGGUGAAUAUAUUGCUCCAGAGAAAAUUGAAGCUAUUUAUAAUAGAGUUUAAGGUGUUUCAGAGUCAUUCAUUUAUGGUGAUUCUCUUCAAAGUCAAAUUGUGGCUAUUAUAGUUCCUUAGAAGGAGUUUGUUGAAAAAUAUGCAGCUGAAAAAUAAAUCUAAGCAGAUUUUGAAAAUUUAUGUAAACAUCCAGAAAUCAUCAGUUUCUAUUAAAAAAACAUCAAUGAUUAUGGAAGAGCCAACAAACUUAAUUCCUUAGAAAUUGUAAAUAUUAAUAAUAAAUUUUAAUUAGGCAAAAUUAAUACAUUUAGAACCUCAACCAUUAUAAACAUUUGGUUGUUUAACAUCAACCUUUAAGUUAUAAAGACAUAUUGCCAAAUAAGUGUUUGCUAAUCAAAUUGAACAACUAUAUAAGGGUCAGGCUUGAU